AACUGAUAUAGUAGGAUGCGAUACGAAAAUGGUAAUGGUGUCUCAUGCGCUGUGUGACAAAAACAAUGUCAUGAAUGAUCUAUUAUAUAUCAUCUGUGAUAUUACACGCACUGUUAUAUUUCCAUCGCUAAUUUCAUAUCUAUAUACAGUUUUCUAAAGUUAGAAAAUAAAAAGUAUUAAUAAAAAUUAUUUUUAUUGUUUUCCCUCUGUCACUAAAAUUGUGAACGAUGUAACAAUGAAUGACGAUAUAUAUGUUGUAUCGUUAUGAUCGUGUUCGUACCAGUUCGUAUGUGAUCACGUUUAGAAUGCAAUAGCAACAGUAUGCAACAUAAUAUAAAAGAAAGGAUUGCACUUCAUUUUAGGAUAUAAAUAAUACAUUGAAACAUAAAAAAUUAACCUUAAUAUUAGGAAUAAUAGUAUUAGAAAUCUUAGAUAAAUUUAUUUACAAUUUAACCACUAAGUUUCCAUUGAAUAAUGGGUCCACCUAAACGUUUUAAAAAAGAUAAUGAUAGGGGUAAAUGGAAAAAACGUAAAGAAGAUCUUGAAGAAUUCAAUGACGAUGAUUCUUUAGAUGAUAAUGAAGCUGGUGUUCCUGAUGCAGCAAAAAAUGAUGUUGAGAAACAAGACGAAACAGCAUUAGAAGAUGAAUUUGGAGCAAAAGAUUAUCGUUCACAAAUGAUUCUAAAACCUGAUUGUGCUUCAAGACCGCUUUGGGUGGCACCAAAUGGACACAUUUUCUUAGAAUCCUUUUCACCAGUGUAUAAACAUGCUCAUGAUUUCUUAAUUGCUAUCUCAGAACCUGUAUGCCGUCCUGAACAUAUUCAUGAGUACAAAUUAACUGCCUAUUCAUUGUAUGCUGCUGUCAGUGUUGGUCUUCAAACACAUGAUAUAAUAGAAUACCUGAAAAGACUUAGUAAAACUAGUAUUCCUGAUGGAAUUAUAAAGUUUAUUAAACUAUGUACAUUAUCAUAUGGCAAGGUAAAACUAGUGUUAAAGCAUAAUAAAUAUUUUGUUGAAUCUCCAUAUCCUGAAGUACUACAAAAAUUACUGAAGGAUCCGAAAAUUCAAGAGUGUAGAUUGAAAAAAAAUGUUGAAAACGAAAAGGAUGAAAUAAUUACAAAUGUUCAAAGUAAAACCAAAACUCUGCAGUUUGGAGCAAAACCAACAACCAAUGCACCAAUUGGAACCACCAAAGUGACUGAAUCAUCCAAUGAUCAAACCCCGACAGAAACAACAACUGUUCCUGAGGAUAUAACUACUUUCUAUGAUAAAAUGGAUAAAGAGGAUGAGGAAGAAGAGGAAGAACAAGAAUUGAAAACAGUCAGCUUUGAAGUAAAUCAAGAAAAAAUUGAGUUGAUACAAAAGAGAUGUAUAGAGCUAGAACAUCCAUUAUUAGCAGAGUAUGAUUUUCGCAAUGAUAGUGUAAAUCCUGACAUAAAUAUUGAUUUAAAACCAUCAGCUGUAUUGAGGCCUUACCAGGAAAAGAGUUUGAGGAAAAUGUUUGGUAAUGGACGCGCUAGAUCGGGUGUUAUAGUUUUACCUUGUGGUGCCGGUAAAAGUUUAGUGGGAGUAACAGCUUGUUGUACAGUCCGAAAACGUGCAUUGGUAUUGUGUAAUUCUGGAGUAUCGGUAGAGCAAUGGAAACAACAAUUUAAGAUGUGGUCGACCGCAGACGAUUCGAUGAUAUGUCGCUUUACAAGCGAAGCUAAAGACAAACCCAUGGGCUGUGAAAUUCUAAUCACUACGUACUCCAUGAUUACACACACGCAAAAGCGUUCUUGGGAAGCUGAGCAAACCAUGCGAUGGCUUCAAGAUCAGGAAUGGGGAAUUAUGGUUUUAGAUGAGGUCCACACAAUUCCAGCAAAAAUGUUCAGAAGAGUGUUAACUAUUGUUCAGUCGCAUUGUAAAUUGGGUUUGACUGCAACAUUGUUGAGAGAAGACGACAAGAUUGCAGAUCUUAAUUUUCUAAUCGGACCUAAAUUGUAUGAGGCCAACUGGUUAGAAUUGCAGAAAAGAGGUUUCAUUGCAAGAGUACAGUGUGCUGAAGUUUGGUGUCCUAUGACACCAGAGUUUUACAGAGAGUAUCUUGGCUGUAAAAUGAGUAAAAAGCUGUUACUUUAUGUGAUGAAUCCUAAUAAAUUUCGUUGUUGUCAAUAUUUGAUACGAUACCAUGAAAGGCGAGGUGAUAAGACUAUUGUUUUCUCGGACAAUGUGUUUGCUUUGAAGCAUUAUGCUAUUAAAAUGAAUAAACCAUAUAUUUAUGGUCCAACUAGUCAAAGUGAACGAAUACAAAUUUUACAAAACUUUAAAUUCAAUACCAAAGUAAAUACAAUAUUCGUGAGUAAAGUAGCAGAUACUUCUUUUGAUUUACCCGAAGCUAAUGUAUUGAUUCAAAUAUCUUCGCAUGGUGGCUCACGACGACAAGAAGCACAACGAUUGGGUCGUAUUUUAAGAGCCAAGAAAGGCGCUAUUGCGGAAGAGUAUAAUGCAUUCUUCUAUACAUUAGUAUCGCAAGACACGAUGGAAAUGAAUUAUUCAAGAAAGCGUCAACGUUUCCUCGUGAAUCAGGGAUACGCUUAUAAAGUUAUAACGAAGUUAGCAGGAAUGGAUGAAGAGCCAGACUUAAUGUACACGUCUAGGGAAGAACAGGGUCAUUUACUGCAGCAGGUUCUGUCUGCCAGUGACAUGGAUGCAGACGAAGAAAGAAUACCUGGUGAAGGUCCAAGACCGAUUAUACGCAAAGCUGGAAACAUGACAUCCAUGUCCGGUGCAGACGACGCAGUUUAUUCCGAGUAUAAAAAAGCAAAUAAGCAUCCUUUGUUUAAAAAGUUUAGAGCAUGAAAACUUUUUAAUUGUAGAUAUACAUGUAAAAAUAUUUAAAUUCGUUAUUAAUUUUAUAUUUAUUUAGGAAGUGA